AUGCUCGGACCCGGUGCUCGGCAUAUGCUCACGAGCGGCGAGCACAUACCCUCGGCUUACCUUAUCGACUGGUCGACUGUAAUUGCGGGGGAAAUGGCGGAGCCGGCAACUAACUCGGUACGGUCCCUAGCGACUGAGUCGUAUAACAAUGCAGCGCGGUUGUUUGUGAAUAGAGAAGUUAAGGAGAGUUUCCAGCAGCUCUCGCCACUGCUGGCCAAGGCGAAGGUCCUGUUAGCAUCAAAUCAGAUUUCCCGGCAAACGCUAUCGAAGAUGUUUUCGCUGUACUUUUCAAUUAUUGAUACGCAGUACGGGCGUGUGAAAGACGAGAAAUUCUAUUACGACUCUCGCGCAAAGCUCGUCAAGAAGCUCAAACAUGGCGAAUUGUGGGGCGAGGUUGCCACUGCAUUUGGCAGUAUCCCCAGCGUGCCGCCCGGUGUUAUUUUAUCACUUCUCAAUCUCACGCUGAAACGCGAAGGGGAUCUGAAGAAAGCAGAGGCGUUCGUUGAAGAGUAUUUGGCGCAGCUGUCUCUUGACGGUUUACCCCAAGCAGAAUUUCGGUUGAUCCAGCAGGUUGUUGAGAUGUUCGCAAAGGUAUUAAUUAGCGAUAAUCAAGCCGAUUAUGCCAAAGAAGUUAUUGCAAACAACACCCGGCUUUAUACAGCGUCAGAACGAGAGUUAGUUCUGUCGAACGUCGAGAACUACGAGCGGGAGCUCAUUGCAGAGCAGGAUAGAUUGAAAGCUGAGGCCGAAGAGCUACGAAAACGCGAAAACGAACGAUUAGUUCAGGCCCUCGAAGCAGAUGAGGCGAGAGCCAAAGCUGAAGAGGCGGAGGGCAAAGAGAAGCCCAGAGCCUCGACCCCGCCCGAGGCUUUGAUUCCAUCUGCUCCCCGUAGAGUGACGAGACAGCAGCAAAAUCUGCUGGAAUACUGGAAAGACGUGUUCAAGCAGUACAUACGGCGUCAUGGAUUGAUCAAUGCCCUGUUAAUUCUGCUCGUAAUCCUCUCGGCCGGCAUCAACCGCCAAGCCAGAGGGCGGAUCGGGGACGGAACCCGCUGGCUGUGGGCAGCGGUGAAGCAGAGCGCAGCAAUGGUUUUUACAGUGACUUAUUUGUAG